AUGCAGAAACAAGAAAAAAAUCAAAAUGAAUUUUUGGAGUCAAAAAGUCAUAUUUGUUGCUCUGAAACAAGGAAAAAUGACGAACAAAGUGAAAAUGAAACGAUAAAGGACAAUAUUAAAACAUUUAAUACGCUAAACACUUGUCAGUUGAAUCAGAAAGCAAGUGAUGUAUCAUUAUUUCAAUCUACAGACUCUUAUGAAAAAAAUCCAGCAUCAUCUAGAAAUACAUCUAUAUUUAAUAAAUCAUCUAAAGAAAGCCCUACUAAAUCGAAUCAGAGUCUUCCUUCAAUAUCUUCAUUAUCAUUUCAUCACCCUAUGAUGUCUAUUCAGUCAGUACUUGGUGAAGAACCUAUUUCUUGGAAUACAAAUACAGAAUCUUCAAAUAAAAACUUUUCUACUGAAACAAUUAAUAAUGAAAUAGAUAAUCGGGGGGCAGUAUCAUCACUUAUUCAUCCAUAUUCAAAUGAAUUUUUUCAUCCAAAUAUAAAUAUGAGCUCAACAAGGCCUAUAAAUCAACAUCAUUCAUUUAAUAAUAUAUUAAUACACGAAGAUGAGGCAUAUCAAAAGAAACAAAGCUGUGUUGGAUAUCAACAUUUUCAUUCAUUUAAUCAAUCAUCCCAACUGCCGUUUCCCUUGUUUUCAAAUAAUGUAAUUAUUCCAUCAACCUUACCAUCCCUUUUCCAAGGACAUCAGCCAUUGAAUCAAAAUAUAGAUCGAGGGAAAUUAUAUCCAAUGAAUCAUAUGGAAGAGAAUUAUAAUUCUCCUACAUCUAAGGUUAAAUUUUCGAAUAAAUCAAAUACCUCUCCAAAAGCUCAAAAAAAUACACGUUUUCGUUCAAAUUUAGGCACAAAAUCAGCAGAUUAUCAUGAAAACGAAUAUAAAGUUCGACCACUUACUAGACAUAAGUCACAUGAAACUAAUCAAUCUUCAUAUAAAACAAAUGCCUUAAAUACUCCAGUUAAAACGUCACAAGAAACUUCACAAAAGAAAUCUCAAAAAGAUACAAAAAAACAACUUCAGCCAAAAGAGCCACUUCCAAGGCCAAAAUUAAUUGUUAAAAAUGAUGCUGUCAUGAAUUUUAUAAAAGACAUGGAAGAAAAAGAUUUGGGAGAAUAUAUAUACACACCAUCUAGCCCAAUACCAUGCCUUGAUGGAAAAUUAAAUGGAAUUUUGACUAUUAGGAUUGCCAGACAAUAUUUUCAUAAAUCGGAAAAUGAUAAAAUCAAAAAACGAGCAUUAUGGGGCACAGAUAUAUACACAGAUGAUUCUGAUAUUGUUGCAAUCUUAUUACAUACAGGUCGUCUUGGAAGGAAAAAACCAUCAAGUGAUGCAAUUGUUAAAGUUCGUGUACUCCCUCGUCUCAUCAAAUAUAGCGGUAGCUUAAGAUAUAAUAUUAUGUCUCGUGGCUGGAAAACAAGACAUGAUGGAGAAAGCAUUAUGAUUGAAGAUCUAAAAUGGGUUGAAGAUAAAACAAAAAGAAAAGGGAGAAAAGAUAUGAAAGAGCGCAUUGCUGCAAGAUAUCAACUUCAACUUUCUCUUUGA